ACCGUGUUCAUGGCGCCAAUCCCACCUGUAUAGUACUCUUGUUUAUGGCGUCGAUUCUUGCCUCUCACUUUCCCUCCGUCACGUGCUUCCGACCGGUACCGCACGUGCUCCGCACCCCGGCGGUUUCUAUCUACAACUACAAAAUCCCCACUGGAAUCAGCACCGAACCCAACUGCAGCAUCAAAAUUGAAAUGGAGAAAGAAGGAGAUGAAGCGUCGAAGCUGCGGUCGGAGUUCAUGGAUUCCCUCCUCAGUCGCCGGCGGCAUCUCCUAGUUCCUCUUAGGGUUGAGACUGGGGAGCCGGUGAAGGAUCCGCUUUACCAGGGAAAGAUCCUCCCUGGUUCUCGGGAGGUGAUGGAAUCAUGUCCAAAGGAAGACAUUACUGAUUUCAAGGAUAAAUUGGUCCAGGAAAACCUCUACUUGAUUACCGAGGCUGGUAAUCAAGGCCGUUUGCCUGUCUUGAUCGUAAGCAUGAAGGAAAGUGCUCCACGGAGACAGCCAGCUAUUGUAUUUUUGCAUAGUUCUUACAAGUGCAAGGAAUGGUUACAUCCAUUACUUGAGGCAUAUGCUUCAAGGGGAUAUAUUGCUGUGGCAAUUGAUUCUCGCUACCAUGGAGAAAGAGCUAGCAACAAGACCACUUACCUAGAUGCUCUGGUCUCAUCUUGGAGAAAUGGUGACACAAUGCCUUUCAUAUUUGACACGGUUUGGGACUUGAUAAAAUUGGGAGACUAUCUAACACAGAGGGAGGACAUUGAUCCUGCUAGAAUUGGGAUUACCGGUGAAUCCCUUGGAGGUAUGCAUGCAUGGUUUGCUGCUGCAGCUGAUACUCGUUAUGCCGUGGUGGUCCCUAUAAUUGGUGUUCAAGGGUUUGGAUGGGCCUUGGAUAAUGACAAGUGGCAAGCUAGAGUUGACAGUAUAAAACCUGUCUUUGACGAAGCAAGGAUUGAUUUGGGCAAGGCAGCAAUUGAUAAGGAGGUGGUGGAAAAAGUCUGGGAUAGAAUUGCUCCAGGUUUAGCCUCGCAGUUUGACUCACCGUAUACAGUUCCUAUAAUUGCACCACGACCGCAUCUUAUUCUAAAUGGUGCUGAUGACCCUCGUUGUCCGCUUGCUGGUUUGGACACUCCGAUCUCCAGAGCAGUUGAGGCAUAUAAAGAGGCCAAUUGUCCAGAAAAGUUUAAGUUCAUAGCAGAGCCGGGAAUUGGGCAUCUGAUGACAGCAUCAAUGGUGAAAGAAGCCAGCGAUUGGUUUGACAAGUUCCUCAAGUGAUGAUGCCUCUAUCAGCCAUGAAUCAUUCUGUAGUUUUGGGAUCGUUGUCUUUCUUCCUAGUUUUCAUCUGUUUUAAAUUUACUAUUCUGUCAUCUAGAAGAAGCCUUUAUAUUCUCUACUUUGAAACAUAGCUUUCUUAGAGCUUAUUCAUAGUUUUAUUUAUUUCA